CGAGGACAGACUUGGGUACAUGGAGGUCAGCGGCGGCGCCGGCGGUGCGUUGGUCUCGGGGCAGGGAGAAGGAGUAACUGUUAUGUGUGGGUCUUGAGGGAAGAGGGCGUGGCUGCGAGGGGUGACCUAGAGUACGCGCCCGAACUUGGGGGACAGACGGGCAGACUGGGCAGAGGGCCCGUGUCCCGAUUAGGCGCGAUUCGUACCUGCGUCUGCCUCUUCCGCAGUCUUGGGAGGGGGCAUGUGUGGCCAGCGAGCCUCCCACUGACUCCGCAUCUUUAGUGAGUGGCUUUCGUGCACCGAGGUUCGAGCUUCCGGGGCUUUGGAAUCACUACUUAGGAGUCUUGCCUUGCUGUUGUCCAGGGUCAGCAUGGCAGCUCGCCUGGUAAAGCAAUGCACAUGCCUCCUGAGAGAAGCCACACGUCUAGCCCCUGCUGUGUCUGCAGCUGGCCGACUAAGACUUGCUGGGGUAGCCCAUCGGACUCUGACUUCCUCAGCUACCUCACCCAGUUCCCAUAUACCACGUCCCUUGUCUGAGCUUGUGGAGAAGGAACAAGUGUUUACUCCCUACCCAGAGCGCCAAGAGGUAGACCACCUUAUAGAAAAGGCCACACAACCAGAAGAGGUACUGAAGCUCCUAGGUGGUGGUCACUGCCUGCAUCAGAACCAUGCAGCCCUCAUGCUCAUCCAGAUCUCUCGCCUACUAUCUGAGAAAUCACAGGACAAAGUAUUGCUCACACAGGAUCCCCGCUUUCAGCAACUUCUCCAUCUUGCUAACAGUCAGAUAACCACAGUCUGGCAUGGAACCCUUGUGAAACUGCUUCGGAGCCUCUAUACGCUGGAGCUUCCCGCAACCUCAAAGGAACUUCGGUCUGUGGAGCAAGAGGUUCGCUGGCGCAUGCGCAGGCUUAAGUACAAGCACCUGGCCUUCCUGGCUGAAUCCAGCAUCACCUACAUGCAGGAGCAGCCUUCCCAGGAGUUGCUGACUGAGCUGCUUGUGCACUUGGAGAGACGUUGGGCAGAAAUCGAAGACAGUCGCAUGCUGGUAUCCAUCAUGAUGAAAGCAGGACACCUCUCGGAAUCACUGAUGAACCGCUUAGAGGACAAGUGUCUGGAGCUGGUGGAGCAGUUUGGGCCUGAUGAGCUACGGAAGGUGCUGUUGACUCUGGCGGCUCAGAACCGGCGGUCGGUGCCCCUGCUGCGGGCUGUCUCUUACCACCUGGUCCAGAAGCCCUUCACCCUAACUAAAGGAGUUCUCCUGGACCUGGCCUAUGUCUAUGGCAAGCUCAACUUCCACCAGACCCAGGUGUUCCAGCGUCUGGCUGCUGACCUGCUCCCUCAUGUAUCUAGCAUGACGUCCAGCGAGGUGGCCCGCUGUACCAAGUCCUUUGCCUUCCUCAAGUGGCUCAACCUCCCUCUGUUUGAGGCCCUUGCUCAGCACGUACUGAACAGAGCCCAGGACGUCUCCCUGCCAUACCUGUGCAACAUGCUUCUGGCUUUUGCCCGUCUGAACUUCCAUCCAGAGCAAGAGGAUCAGUUCUUCAGCCUGGUACAUGAGAAGCUGGGAUCAGAGCUAGCACACCUGGACCCAGCCCUGCAGGUGGACCUGGUGUGGGCCCUGUGUGUGCUGCAGCAGGUGCAGGAUGCAGAACUGCAGGCUGUGCUGCGCCCUGAACUUCACACCCAGUUUCUAGGUGACAAGUCCCCAAAGGAACAGAGCACCUUGCAGAAGUUGCUCCACAUCAAUGCCACUGCCCGACUAGAGCUCCCCGAGUACACAGGCCCCCUUCUGCCAGCCUCAGCCUUGGUGCCCAGGCCCUCAGCCCUUGAUAAGAAGGCGACCCCGUUUCAAAAGGAGCUGCAAGAGACACUGAACGGGCUUCUGGGGAAUGCUGACCUGGGCAACUUCAUGGUGGCCACGCAAUAUGGCUGGGUUCUGGAUGCUGAAGUGCUGCUGGAUAGAGAUGGCCAGUUCCUGCCCCUGAGGGACUUUGUGGCCCCUCAUCUCACCCAGCCCUCCGGGAGCCAGCCACUGCCCCCUGGGGCUAAAAGACUGGCCUUCCUGAGGUGGGAGUUCCCCAACUUCAACAGCCGAAGCAAAGACCUGCUGGGACGCUUUGUGUUGGCCCGGCGCCAUGUGCGGGCUGCUGGCUUCCUGGUGGUUGAUGUGCCCUUCUAUGAGUGGCUGGAACUCAAGUCUGAGUGGCAGAAAAGUGCCUACCUCAAGGACAAGAUGCGCAAAGCAGUGGCCGAGGAGCUGGCCAAGUGACCUGUCCCAAAGCGUGGAUCGUGUUCCUGGAGGCCUAGCUGUGGGGACAGGGUGGGAGCAGGGUGGCACAAGGUAGCACACUAGAGGACAAGCCCUAAGUGCAGGACUUUGGCCAAGGUGGGGUGCAGCUGCAAUAGCAGAUGGCCUCCUUGUGGGUAAUAAAUCUUUAAUUUUGGUUUUCAACACCAGGAGGUGUUCCUAGGCUUUGUCGACCCACCUCCUAUCUCUGCUUCAGCAGCUGGGA